AUGCCAUGGUCCCACUUCUGGUGGUGGAGGGGUUGUGGAGCCAGACUCUGAGAGGGAACGCCGCCCAUCCUGGGGACAUCUACCUGUCCCGGCUGGACCCUAAAAACUUAACACAUUGCUGUUCCCCAGAUGGCUUGAUGCCAGAAAGCAGCUGUUGGCAGCUGUGCCCUCCCUCCAAACCUGGCCUGCAGGGGGGGUUACUGAGUUCCAGUUUCCCCCCUGGCCCUGUGCCCCUCAUGCCCCAGGACCCACACCUCCAAGAGGGGGGAGACCCCUUGGAUCCGUCCCCUCCGUUCCCCCAUCAGCACCCUGCCCUGGCGCCCAGCGCCUCCGCCUCUCAGCUGUCUCUCCCCGGAGCGGUGGCGGCCCCGCCCGGGCCCGGGCCCCCCCCUCCCCCGCCCCCGCCGCCCAAGCGCCACUGCCGCUCGCUCUCGGUGCCCGAGGACCUGUCGCGCUGCCGCUACUCGUGGCGCCCCAGCGCCUCGCGGGUCUGGACCCCCGUCAGCCGCCAACAGUACCACGGCGGCGUGGGCAUGGCCGGGGGCGGCGCCAUGGGCGGGGGGGGCGCGGGCAUGGGGGGCGGCGGCGCGGCGGGGCCCUGCCCGCUGCGCGCGCCCAGCUCCUCCCUGAACUCCUCGCUGCACUCCUCGUCCAGCCCCACCUUCUUCAGCCUGGCGCUGUCCCCGGACUCCCCGCUGCCCUGGAGCUUCCCCUGGGACCCCAGCGAGGCGGCGGGCGGCGGCGGCGGCGGCGCCUGCUGCUGCUUCUUCCCCUCGCCGUCAUCCUGCUCCUCGUCGCCCUCGCCCCUGCACCCGCCGCCGCCGCCGCAGAGGCGCUUCUCCCUCUCCCCGGUGCUCAUCCGCGACUCGGCCGCCUCCACCGCCUUCCUCCCCCCCCCGCCGCCCGUGCCCUGCCACGCGGCCGUCGGGCCCCCGCCCCCAGCCGGCUGCCACACGGCGGCGGCGGCGGCGGCAGCGGCGGGGCCCCGGGCGUGCCCGGCGGUGCCCGCCUCGCCCUCCUCGGCCUGCAGCACGCCGUCGUCCCUGCGCCGCGCUCUGCCGCCGCAGCUGCCCCGCUGCCACUCCCAGCCCUGCGACCUGCUGCUGCUCAAGCCCGGCCUGAAGCGGCGCCGCGACCCCGACCGGCCCUGCGCCCGGCCCGUGCUGGACUUCACCAAGAUGACCCAGACGCGUAGCAUCGACCCCCACUGUUUGGAGCGAGGCGGGGGCAGGCUGGCCUGCGGCGGGGACAUAUGCAUGGGCCUGGAGCCCUUCCUGGGGGACUUCCGGGGCUCCUGCUCCCCGGCCGAGGGCCUGGGCCGGACCAGCAUCGGCCCGCUCAGCGAGAGCGACGAAGAGUGCGGGGAGGAGGACGAGGAGGAGGAGGAGGACGACGGCGGCGGCGGCGGCGCGGUGGACAAAGGGGAGCGCGAGGCCGCCCUGCAGGCCGUGUUCGAAAGGGAUUGUACAGAACUGGACUUGAACAUGAUCGAGGAGAACUGACCCUCGUCUUUGUAAAUUGGAAGGUCUUUUACUUUGGUUCCUUUCUUCUUCUUCUUCUGUUUCGCCGAGUAUAAGUUAUCGCCUCCUCCCCGCUCCCGUUCCUUUUUGGUUUCUUUUCCUCCUCUGUGAAUCACAUCGCGCAAAAAAAAACAAAAAACACUCGAUUCCCCCCCGGGGUCGCACCGGGGUGAUCCGCAUAACGCCAAUCAGCAGGGCUCUCAGGAACAACGCCUUCUCUCAUUGGAUGAGCUGGAGUUAACCGCGGCUGAUUGAUGACAACGGUUAUGAUUUGACUACCGCCACCACCACCACCACCACCAUCGUUAAACUCAGUGCUGGGUCUUAGCGUUUGUAAACCCCCUGGGAGCCGCCCGUGAAAGAGAUGGUAAAUAAUAGCCAGGACUUUGAGACGUAAAGAACACCGGUCAGCUUAUACGUUCAACAUUAAAUGAAUACCUUGACAUUUGAGAAUCUCGUCGCAUUAAUUUUUUGGCUGAAUUAGUGUCACAUGAGGACUGGCGAGUCAAAGCUUGCUUUUCUGUGAUUUACCUCGAAAAACAUCACCCUGGUAUUGUUUUUCGGGAAUUGUAGAAUGACAAAUUGAGACCAAUUCGAGGAACCGCGGCUGUCGGUCGAAUGGCGGCAUGGCGUUUUGUUUCCUAAUGUUGCAGACGAGUUCACAUCGUCAAGGUUUCCAUUUAAUAAUUAGUGGUGGUUGGUGUCCAGUACUCAUGGACGCUACCACACUCCGGCUAGUCACCAGACUGCAGUGUUACCCUGUCGUAUUCUCCAGUAUCGCCAUGCCACCGACCUUACGAAGUAAGCCUAGGAAAACCCUGACACCCCAUUACAGAAUUCAUCAAAAUGCUGCAGAUGAAACCUAAACCUCAAGGCCACAUAGUGCACUUACUAUUCAAUUAAACGUGUCAGGUGCUUAGUUUUUUUAAUGAAACUUAAAAGAACUGGGUAUGCUAUAUCAAUUAGCGUACCCAGUUCUUUUAAGAGAAAUUCUCUUUUAAGAAGCAUGUGACGUAACGUAUGUAUGCACAGUCCUUACGAAAAAUAAUAAAGUGCAUACGCAUUAACGCGUCAAAUAAAACUAGGUUAAUUUAAGAUUUGCAUGACUGUAAACUGAUAGCUGAAGCUAGCACUAAAAUGACGGACGUCAAUGAAAGUCGACAUCGCAGCACGAGCAUAAAUGACAGGGGUAGAUAUUAUGUAAGGUGUAGUCCCAUAGGUUCAGAGCAGAGCCCAUACCACCACAGUCUUAAUAGGUUAUCUUGCCAAUAUCUGAAAUGGUGUUUGCCAAAUCACACCAGUAGUGCUUAUAGGUUUGAACCUUCACAAUUGCUAGAAUCCUGCCCAUAACAUAAAACCAGAUGAACUUCAUUAUUCCCAUACAGGAAAUAAGGGGAAUCAGGACUACAUACCAGGUGGGAUAACUGGAGGAAUAAUAUUAUAAUUAGUAUAAUAAUUAUUGGUAUACAAAUUAUAAUACCAAAUCAACAGUAAGCAGGUUUUCUGGACGAAGAACUUGAUGGGUAAAGGCGUUGGCAUGGCGAUACCUGGGAUAGCGUUGCAGUUUGGUAAGACCCAACAAGGCCCCACUGAGUACAGGUAGUCACUGACGCUGUUGUUCCAUGUGAGUGUACACACAUUCCUUUACCAGUAGCUCCCAAACAGUGCUGUUGAAAAAGUCUGGAUGGUGCAAGCGGCUGCUACAUUCAUUUACAGUGUGUGUGUGUGUGUCUGUCCUACUCGUCAAACUGAGCAGAGCCCUGAUUUCUAGAAUCCCCCCUCACCCUAAGUCAUCGCUUUAGCCCUAACCCUGCUAUUGAACCCAAAUGAACACCCCUAACCAAAACACCACAAAUAUGAACAUGAUUCAAUUGACUAAAAACCAAUCUUGACGCUAUCAAAUUAAUGUUCCAUCACUCGAUCCCCAAGAUGAGCUGAAACAAUAGCUAGACGUAGCCAAAUAGAGAUGGAUUGCUUUAUCGCACAGCCAUGGUUAUCAGUCAAUGAAAGAUGCUUUGCAUAGUUACAGAAAUCCACACUACUGAAAAUGUCUUAAGCAGGAUGAUGAAAUGCACAAAUCAAUCAUAUGAGAGAGCUCUUCUGCACUAAAACCAUGUGUUGGCCCCCACCACAUGGAAAGUAAAACCUCAUUAGGAAUCAAAUGGAUGAACAUGGCUGUGUUGUUGAGUCAUAGCCCCCCCCCCCCCGAAACAUCCUUAGAAGUAUUUUUCAAUUUGAAAUUGAGAUUUCAUUGAUAUCUGCCACCAGCUCUAAACAUGUUUCCGCAUUAUUUAUUUAUUUGCAAACUUGCAUAGAAAAGCAGUUUCUGUCCUCACUUGCAGAAAUGAUUUUUUAGCUUGAGAAAAUAAAAGUAUACAGGAAUGCUCCGAAUAUACAUACUGUCUGUUCUUGGAGAGGUACAACAAGAGGACUUCCAUAUACUUCAUUUCAGCAUUGUUGCAUUGGAUUGGAUACAACUAUCUACUAAACAUCUGACAUAUGGCUACCUGUUCUGAAACAUUGGAGCAGGUUGAAUUAGUUAAAAACGCAGUGGGAACUCUUUCGGCCUUAUCCCUCCUUACUAUGCCAGUCGGCUAGCCACAGGGAAACUGUCUAGUGGUAUUUAAACAGUAGGGCAGUAGUGGGACAUCCUAACUGCAGCGAUUGUCGCACCUACGGACGAGGCAGGAUUCAGCAGAGUAGUCCUGGCUGUCUUGCAUAGACGAUACCUUCUCCGCAGCCAAGGGGCAUACAAACCUCUGUGACCCAGUGUUUAAAAGGUUGAC